AUGGCUGGAUCACAUGUUCCAAAAUUUGGGAAUUGGGAUGGCGAAAAUGUGCCAUACACAGCUUAUUUUGAGAAUGCGCGCAAAAGUUAUAAUAAAGGAGGUAAAAUGAUAAAUCCAAAUGAUCCAGAGGAGAAUCCAGAGGCCUUUGCAUGUUGCGGAGAUGAGGAUGCUAGCAUUAACAUUUCUCCUACGAAAACUCCUUUAGUCGAAAAACAUCAGUACCAUUAUGGUCAUCGCAGAAAUCCUUCUGCAGAGUCGGGCCAAAACAAGAGUAUUGGCCCGACUAAUUCAAAUUCAGAGUCCUUUGGGGAUAGUCAGAGCAUUUCUGGUUUUUCAGUUAACCAGCCAACACGACGAAGAAGAACAUCUGAUGUUAAGAAGAAUAAGAACGAUCGUGGCAAUGGAUUCGUUCCACCUAGUCCGAAUAGACUGAUGAAAAAUAGCAGAAAUCCAUCUGAUGAUCUUUCUUGUUCAUCAGCAGCAUCAGUACCAAAAUUUGGGGCAUGGGAUGAGAAAGACCCGAAAUCUGGAGAAGGAUUUACAGUAAUUUUCAACAAAGUUAAAGAGGAAAAGCAUAUAGCAGCUGCAAAAUUCCCUAUUGUGCAGCCACAAUCAAACAUGUCUUCAUCAAAUAAUCGCAAAAAAAAUGCUAAAUCAAAGGUGUUUUGUUGCCUUUUUUGA